GUAUAAUUUAUUGAAUAUGUUUUCAAAAGGUUGGCCCCAGUAAGAAGUGGCUUCAUGUAAUUGGCCUUGGAAGCUAAGCCCUAUUCUAAGUCUUGGUCUUUCUCUUCUAUUCUCUUUUCUUUUCUUUUCUUUUCUUCGCAUCAUCGGCCUCGCGUACCUGAAACGCACCACCACCAGCCAUUUUUGCUUUCUCUUCUCUAAACCCUUUCUCAUGGCUAACAGGCAUACUAUCAUUUUGAUGCAAACUUCUCAGAACAGAGCAACAAGGACUUUUAUGGAUUAUGAUUCGAUCAGUCAAGCAAUAGAUGGUGUAUGUGGACUAUAUGAAAGGAAGCUUAAGGAAUUAAAUCCAGCAAUUAGGAACAUAUCUUAUGACAUUGCAGAUCUAUACAAUUUCAUUGAUGGGCUUGCAGAUAUGAGCGCUCUAGUUUAUGAUCACUCAGUUCAAGCAUACUUGCCAUAUGAUAGACAGUGGAUAAAACAGCGAACAUUUCAACAUCUAAAAAAGUUGGCCCACUAAAUGACAAGGUUUCAUUGAGCUGGAGCUCUGAAUUGAUGCUAUCAUCUGCUGAUGAUUUGAAUAGCAGAUAAACAAAAAGGAUUGUAUAAUGUAUGAUUUGUGUGAGAUUUGCUUCUGAUAGUUGUGCGUUAAUAAUGAAACUUGCAUAUUAUCUUUCUCUGUGCAGCGCACAUGUAAAAAUAGUAUAAGGAUUUCUGGUUUAGUUUCUGUUGUGCUAUUUAGAUUUUAGAGUCGAAUAUGCACUUCUUUGACUCGUGUAAGCCUUCAUUGUUGAUGAUGGUCGUUUGGUUACAUGACUGAAAAUCAACAGCUUAUAUAAAAAAAACAUUUCACCCUGUUA